ACAGGAAGAAAUGGCUGAUAGAAAAGCUGUCGUCAAGAACGCUGACAUGUCUGAGGACAUGCAGCAGGACUCCAUUGAUAUUGCCACACAAGCAAUGGAGAAGUUCAAUAUUGAAAAGGACAUUGCUGCCUUCAUCAAGAAAGAGUUCGACAAGAAGUAUAACCCUACUUGGCACUGUAUCGUUGGCAGAAACUUCGGCUCCUAUAUAACCCACGAGACCAAGCAUUUCAUCUACUUCUACUUGGGACAAGUUGCUAUCUUGCUUUUCAAGUCUGGAUAAGCCCAAGAAGAAGCCCUACAGCUGAGUUUUUCUCAUAAAUCUAUC